AUGGAACAUGGGGGUAAUCUGCCAAAUCCAUUGUUUCUCAAGCCUCCAGAUGACACUAAAUGGGAAGUACACUGGACUAAACAUGAUGGUGCUAUUUGGCUUGAAAAGGGUUGGAAGGAGUUUGCUACAUACUACACCUUAAGUCAUGGGCAUUUGAUAGUAUUUGAAUACCAAGAAACAUUUCACUUGGAGGUGCACAUAUUUGACCAGAGUUGCCUCGAAAUUAAAUAUCCUUUCCAUGACACUCAAAAUGAUCAUGACAGCUUUGUUCAUGUCACCAAUGAUACUGUUAAAAUUUUGGAAGAGGUGACUCCAACUCAAAACAAUAAACUCAUAUCACCCAUAUCCAUAUCAUGCCCUCCGCCAAGUAAGAAAUUGAGAACAACCACAAGCGGAGUUGUUGGAAGUAGCUCCAAUUUGCAACAAAUGACUCAAUAUGUCCAAAUCCAUAGCAACAAGACUCAGGGCACUAAUUUUCAGGAGUCAACAUUAGCAUCUGUGGGGGAAGUAUUAGACGGUAAUGUCAAUGAGAACCCGAAAAUGGAGCAAUUGACUUCAAAAAUUAAUGCAGCUUUAAACGAAGCUGCAACCUUCAAAUCUAACAAUCCAUCUUGCACGGUUGUCUUGAAGCCUUCCUAUGUAUUUGGACGUUCUUUGUUCAAGGAGAUGGAUUUAAUUGCAUAUACCCUAAGAGAAUCCCAUAUUUUAGAAGCAGAACUUUUAUUCCUAAAGAAGAUAAUUUACAAUUGUCAUGCCUUAGGUAGGUGGAAGGAGACUGAAAAAACUUCACAGUCGAGUAGUCCACAAUCAUUCACAAAUGGAGCUAUGAAAGAAGCUAAAAUGUUCACCUCUGAAAAUCCUUAUUUUAGAUUCAAAAUAAAGUCAGAUCACAAGCGGGAUUACAGACCGGUUGUACCAAUUGCCUUCAUGAGAGAUUACUUCAGUAACAAGAAGACUGUGAUGUUACAGUUAGGUAAUAAGUUAUGGCCUGUAAGUUUGCUCCGUUCAAUGGGUGUUCCAACGAAGUUGUCUAAGGGUUGGGCCCUAUUUGAGAAAGAAAGUAAAUUGCUAGUUGGAGACGUUUGCAUCUUUGAGCUCAUCAACAUAGAAGAUGCCGUGUUUUAUGUUCAUAUUUUCAGAGGCCAACCUUAG